ACACUUGUCAACUGAUUCAUACUAAGAUGAACUUCUCUUCAUCAAGAAAACAUUACUCAUAUUUCUUUUUUCUUUUUGCAUUAGCUAUAGUAGUUGAUGUUCCAAGAUUAAUCUUGGCACAAAACAUUACUCCUAUUUCUGAUAUUGUCUCUGAUGCAUUCUUUAAUGGAAUAGCUGAUCAAGCAGCUUCUAAUUGUGAAGGAAAAGGGUUUUAUACAAGGGCUAGGUUCUUUGAAGCACUUAAAUCUUAUCCUAAUUUUGGAACUGUGGGUUCUACUGAUAAUUCUAAGCGUGAGAUUGCUGCUUUCUUUGCUCAUGUCACCCAUGAAACUGGACACAUGUGCUACAUAAAUGAGAUAAAUGGUCCUUCUGGCGACUAUUGUGAUGAGAACAACACAGAGUACCCAUGUGUCUCAGGCAAGAACUACUAUGGUCGUGGACCCAUUCAACUAUCAUGGAACUUCAACUAUGGACCUGCAGGAAAAGCCAUUGGAUUCGAUGGCCUAAAUGACCCUGACAUAGUGGCAAGAGAUGGUAUUAUUUCCUUCAAGACAGCCUUGUGGUAUUGGAUGAACAAUUGUCAUUCUCUCAUUACUUCUGGCCAAGGUUUUGGCCCAACUAUUCGAGCCAUUAACGGUCAGAUUGAAUGUGAUGGUGGCAACCCUCAGACUGUUGCUAGAAGGAUUGAGUAUUAUACUCAGUAUUGUCAACAACUUGGUGUCGAGACUGGGGAUAAUCUCACGUGUUAGGACCCUAAACAAGUUGGCAUGAUACAACAAUAUACAUUUUACUUACACGAUUGUCAGGCUUGCAUAGAUAUGUUUUGAAAAUUGAAUAAGACUUUAUUAUACUUGA